AUGUUAUUUAGUGAAGUCGACGGAUCAAUACAAGAGGGUGAAAAAUACGCUGAAAUCCAUACAGUUUCAACAUAUUUAAGUGAUUUAUUUGCAACUAAAUUUACAUCAGAUACACGAAACAAUGAACAUUUAUAUCGUGAUCCUUUUAAUGAUGAAUUAAUACAAUUAUGUCCUAGUUAUCCAAAAUAUUGUGUUGUACCAUCUACUAUAACUAAUGAAGAAAUUAGAGAAGCAGCCAAAUUUAGAUCAUAUAAACAAUUUCCAACAAUUGUUUGGAGACAUAUUAAUGGUGCAAUUAUUGCUCGAGUAGGUCAACCCGAAGUCGGUUGGCCACUUCGGCAUUCAAAAGAAGAUGAAAACAUGAUUCAAGCUAUUAUUAAUUCACAUAAUGAUACAUUAACAACAAAUUCUAUUGAAAGUGGAAAAAAUUUAAAUCGUUUGUUAAUUCUUCAUGUAGGAAGUCAUGAUGCUGCUAUUAAAAAUUAUGCCAAAUAUCAUAUUAAUUGUAAUCUAGAAUUUAUGGCUUUGCCUGAUAUUCAUGCUAUAAGUAGAAAUGCACGAAUGUUACGUGCUAGUAAUACAACACAAUGUGAAAAUUGGCUUUCAGAACUAACAUUAACACAUUGGUUACACAAUUUAUCAGUAUUAAUUAAAGCAGCAUGUUGUGCUGUUACUAAUGUUGAUGAACAUAAUCGAUCAGUGCUUGUACAUUGUUCAAAUGGUCAAGAUCAUACAUCAACAAUGAUCACAUUAGCUGAAAUAAUGCUUGAUUCACAUUAUUUGAACAAUAAAUGGUUUUGA